UUAUAGUGUUUUCUUUGUGGGUGACGUAUAAUUCUAAUUCACAGAAAACAAAUUUGGGGAAAAACUUGAACCCUAAAACUUUUGAGUUGAGAGUAGUAGCGAUGGAAGUUCUUUCUUCAAAAUCUGAGAGAACUCAGAUUUUCAAGGAAACGAUUCUAUGUGUGAGUAGUACAAGAGGUAGUGGAGAUGAUGAGUACAGAAGGAAGAUUUCCUUUCCCCUCCACCGGAAAUUCCCCAACAUGUCUCAAGACUGUAGAUCUAAAAUCACAUUCCUGCCUAAUGCGUUUCUUCUCGAUGAUGGGUUCUUUACAGCGGUAACUGAGGUGGUCGGUCCAGUAGUUGAGGUAUACCUUGGGGUGAAUACUUGCAACAGCUCUUUUCAAGUUAGAAAUCUGAUACAACUAAGAAGGAAAAGUGGGGGAACAGUACAAGGAAUGGUACUUCGAAAGGGUCCUUUCUCUUUUCUUAUACUACAUAAAGGUGGUCGUGACACUGUCAAUUACACAGAUGUGGACGGAAUUACAGUGUUGAUGGGUAAUUCAGCUGCUAGUGUGUGGAAAGAGCUAGUAAAAGCAUACCCUGGUGUUGGAGGUAGUCACCAUACUAGACCCAUUGGUCUGGAGUAUGGUAGAUUUGAGGAGGAGGAGGAGGAGAAGAAGGACGAGCAGCAACAAUUGGCUGCACCUAAGACUUCAUCCUUUGAGGAUGAGAAUCAGCGUUUCAUGGAGUCAUUUUCUUCCUUGGAGAAGAAAACCCAUGAACCUGAAAAUAUUCUAUCUCUAGAAAAACGUAGACUAAUGGAGAAACUGCACCACAUGGAUCCGAUGCUAUACUACAAAGUGCUCACCCACAACAUUGCAGCAUUGGCUCCCAUGAUAUGCAAACCUACGGUGGGUUUAGCAUGUCAAAGCUAUCUUAAUUUGUUUAAACAUUCUCGUCGUGUGUUGCUUGUUAGUAGAAAGGACAAAGGACAGAUGAUUUCCAUGUUGCCGUCCGGAGAGGUAGACAUCAUAGUAGUGACGCAUGGAAGCCAUAUCCUUGGACUCCAUGACCUAGGAGUACAUGGAAUAGGACAAUCGAUUGGCCUCCUUGAUAUGUUUGUUGCUGCUGCAGGAAUUAAUCCACAGAGAAUACUUGCCACCAUGCUUGAUGUUGGAACCAGCAACAAAAAUCUUCUUGAAGAUCCUCUAUAUUUAGGCGUGCGAGAGGAAAGGCUAGAAGGACCAAAAUACAUGGCCGUGGUUGAUGAAUUCUUGGAAGCUGUUUACACACGUUGGCCUAGUGCUAUUGUGCUGUUUGAAGAUUUUCAACUGAUGUGGGCUUUGGGACGUCUAGAGCAUUAUCCAUAUUCCUCCCUGAGAAAUUUGAGCUACUGGUGGGACCAAUAUCAUAACAAGUUUUGCAUGUUUAAUGAUAACUUACAGGGAAUUGGUGGUGUUGCAAUAGCUGGGUUACUGGGAGCUCUAAGGGCACAGAAUCGACCUUUGAGCGACUUUGUAAAACAAAAGAUGGUUAUAGUUGGGUCCGGAAGUGCAUGGAUAGGUGUGCUAAAAAUAGUGAAGCAAGCUGUCGCUGUGAUGACAGAGAGCGAUCAGAAGGCACCACAGAAUCCAAUCUGGAUAUAUGACAAUAAAGGCCUUGUUACAAAAAAUAGAUUCAAUCUUGAUCCACCAGCUGCACAUUUUGCAAGAGACUUCAGUCAACAGGAGAUCAAGGGACUCGGUGCGAGGGCUAGUCUUCUUGAGGUGGUUAAAAAAGUGAAACCCGACAUCCUUCUUGGUGUAUCCGAAGUCAAAGGUAUUUUCACCGAGGAGGUCCUUAAAGCCAUGAAGGAUUCAGGUUCUUCUCGCCCUGCAAUAUUGGCUAUGUCAGCUGAAUGCACAGCAGCCGAUGCUUUCAAAUAUGCAGGAGAAAACAUAAUCUUUGUUAGUGGGAGCCCUUGUGCAAAUGUCAAUAUUGGAAAUGGGAAAGUAGGCCAUGUUAAUCAAGCAGAUACCAGAGUUUUAUCUCUUGGGGUCUGUUUGGGGAGUCUACUCUCAGGUUCCCAUUCUAUUACAGAUGGGAUGGUUUUUGCUGGCGCUAAACGCCUUGCGUUAUUCGUUACGGAUGAACAAAUCAAGAGCGGGAUCGUAUAUCCUUCGACUGCAAGUAUUCGGGAUAUCACCAUUCAAGUUGCAGCAAGCGUUAUAGAAGCGGCUAUUGCUGAAAAACUUGCUGACGAAACACUGAUGCAGAUGUCCAAGGAUGAAAAAACAUUGGAUUAUGUGGUGCGUAACAUGUGGAUUCCUGUAUAGACUAGACCUGUCUUCACCAUGACAAAUAGAGAUUCCAUGUAUAUAUUUUUGUUCAUCUGAACUCUAUUGAGAGAAAAUGAAAGUUAACAAGAGAUGAAGAAAAGGAUCCUAGUGAAACUUUGAUAGAGAUUCUAAUGAGACCAUGUAUAUAUUUUUGAUUAUCGCAGUUUUGACUGCUGAACCUUGAUUUUCUUCAUCUGAGAGAGAAACUGAAAGUUAACAAGAGAUAAAGAAAGGAUCCUUUUAUUGGAGUUGUCUAACUCUAUCAAGUCAUGUAGUCAAUUUAUAUCAUUUCACACUA